UGGAGCCGCGACGCCUGAAGGAGUCCCCACUGCAGCCGCGCUCUGGGUCCACCUCAUCCAGCAGCCACCAGCCCCUGCUCUAGAGACGUCCCUGCCGCCGAGUCGGCGGCAGGGACAGUGGCAGUCGUCCCUAUAGUCGGGCCUGGAGGACAUUUAUUGCUCCAGACCCUGUCCCUCCUUGCUUCCCAGACGGCUGGAGUCAUUCCUGGGAGAAGCUGUUCUCCCAAGUCGAUCAAGCAGCCGCACGGGCAUCUCAGUGGCCAGCCCGGCUAGGCACCGGGCAUCUGCGAAGCCAGCCCCUCCGGACAUUGGGCAUCUCACGCAAGGACUGUCUUCGACCGCCGCCCGGCUUGUCGCAAGUCCUGGGCGGUGGGCUUCUGAGCACCUUUGGCCUUCCCAGGACCCAAUUGAGCUUCCUCGCGCUCCCAGCCCUUUGAGCCGCCGCGAUGCUGCCCUGGAGAAGGAACAAAUUCGUGCUAGUGGAGGACGAGGCCAAGCGCAAGGCGAAGAGCCUGAGCCCCGGGCUCGCCUACACGUCGCUGCUCUCCAGCUUCCUGCGCUCCUGCCCGGACCUGCUACCGGACUGGCCGCUGGAGCGUCUGGGCCGCGUGUUCCGCAGCCGGCGCCAGAAAGUGGAGCUUAACAAGGAGGACCCCACCUACACCGUGUGGUACCUGGGCAACGCCGUCACCCUGCACGCCAAGGGCGACGGCUGCACCGACGACGCCGUGGGCAGGAUCUGGGCGCGCUGCGGGCCGGGAGGGGGCACGAAGAUGAAACUGACCCUGGGUCCGUACGGCAUCCGCAUGCAGCCGAGCGAGCGCGGCUCCGGGGGUUCGGGGGGCCGCAGGCCGGCGCACGCCUACCUGCUGCCGCGCAUCACCUACUGCGCGGCGGAUGGGCGCCACCCGCGAGUCUUCACCUGGGUCUACCGCCACCAGGCGCGCCACAAGGCCGUGGUGCUGCGCUGCCACGCCGUGCUGCUGGCGCGGGCGCACAAGGCGCGCUCCCUGGCCCGCCUGCUCCACCAGACUGCCUUGGCGGCCUUCAGCGACUUCAAGCGGCUGCAGCGCCAGAGCGAUGCGCGCCACGUGCGCCAGCAGCAUCUCCGUGCUGGGGGCGCCGCCGCCUCGGUACCCCGGGCUCCACUGCGCCGCCUGCUUAACGCCAAGUGCGCUUACCGGCCUCCGCCGGGCGAGCGCGGUCGCGGGGCUCCGCGGCUCAGCAGCAUCCAGGAGGAGGACGAGGAGGAUGCGGAGGAGGAGGAGGACGAUCGGGAUGGCGAGGGGGGAGCCCUGCAGCACGAACGGCCCGAAGUGCUCAGCCUGGCCCGGGAGCUGAGGACGUGCAGCCUGCGGGGUGCCCCGGCACCUCCGCCACCAGCGCAGCCCCGCCGCUGGAAAGCCGGCUCCAGGGAGCGGGCGGGCCAGGCGCGCUGAGAGCGCAGGACUAGGACUCGGGGCCCUUAGACCCGGCCCAGCAGAUUGACCUGAACUCCAACCCGGCCCUGCCCGCUUCCGCCCCCAUGGUCCCUGGCCUGCCGCCCUCGCGGUCACUGUUAUGGUCGCCUUGCUCCUCAUCCUAGCUCAGGGUGAAGUAGGAUAUGCCCUUGAUUGUUGGGGGGUGGAGGGGAGUCCGUAUGUCCCCACACUGGGAGUUUCCCUGGCCUACCACUGUGGAAUUGCCCUCAUGCUUUAUGCCAAGUCUCUGCCCACAGACGAACCAACCAACCUGCUCUCUUCCCAAAAAAAAACAGCCUCUCAGGAGAAAGGGAACCCCGGGAGGGUGGGUUUGAACCCACGACCCGGUCUAGGUUAGGAGUAAUGGCCCUGCCCUUGGUCUCUUAUUCCUUGUAAUAAGAACCACCCUAGAGAGAUUUCAGAUAAGGAAGAGGGUGUAGUGGCUGGGGAGAACUGAGGUCAACCCCACAGAGGGCUCCCACCUGGGGCCACACACACAGGGACAGUUACUACGCCUCUAAAGGGGACUGAGAUGGUCCUGUCUACAUGCAAAGAACAGAAUGAGACAGGUAACAGCCCUGUACUAGGCAGCUAUCCAAGCCUCUGCCUUGGCUUUCCUACAGGACUCUGCUCAUCUCCUCUCUGCAGACAGAGAACUGGUCUACUCUAGGUACCCUGUAUCCUGGACCAAGAGGGAACCUCCCAAGGAGGUAAGAACACGUGUCCCAGACAAGCCAAGGCUUUCAGAGCAAGCAGGUUCCGACCACAGCUGCACUCACAUGCAGGCUGAGGGAGGAAGAGGCACUAAUGCGGAGAUGGGAGUGAGCCCAGUCCAGGUGUCUCCACAAGGCCAUCAAAACCCAAAGAUCUAUGUCAUCUACUGAUCAUUGUAAAUAAAGUGGGUCUGCCUUUUCAGGCCUG